GGAAGUUUUUUUUAUCAUUUUUAUUGAUAAGUUGAUGAUAGUGUCGAUUAACUAUUCAAGAUUUCAAGUUAACCCAGAAACAGCAGUUCUCGGUUUAAUCUAAAAACUUUACUUUUUUAAAUGAGUCAAUGUGCUAGUUAUGUAAUAUUUUUAAUGUUUAAAAAAUAGAUAUGAUUUUAAGGAAAAGGUAUGCCAUCCUGGAUAAUGCGGAAGUGUAGUGUCUAAUUUAGCGGUUAGGCGUAUCGGCAGUCUUGGAAGAUGGACAUUUUACCGACGGUGGGCGAUGUUUUAUAUGAAAUUGACUUGGAAUUGUCAAAAGAGAAAACGUUUCUCGAGGGACAUUGCGACGUGUUGGGAAGUUUCGACGAGCCUGCUCAAAGGGUCAACAAGAAAACGCUGAAACCCAAGGGUCAACACGUGCUUAAGGCCGGCUACGAGCCUAAAAAGCUCAAACUCUCCGUUAAAAAUAAACAAAUCGAGUACAAAGGCAUCGACGAGCUUUUAGACAGGGUCGUCACGCUGGAGGAAGGCCAAGAAGACGACGAGGAAACGACGAAGCUACAGCAGGUCAAACGAGAAGGAGCCACUGAGGAAAUGAUGAACGGCAUUUGCCUGGUCAACAAUUAUAUACAGACGAGGAAAACGCAAAUCAAAAAAGAGGACAACUUGACCAGAAUUAUGUCUCAAAAAUAUGAAGAUCUUUUUCAGCAAGAUAUGAAGAAUUUUUUUUCCAAUGAAGAGAAAACUGAUAUCUUGAAGAAUAUCGAGCAUUAUUCAGCAAAAAAGACUUCAGUUCCUGUACUACCAGAGAGGCCACAAAAAGACAUUUGUGACCCAAAAAGACUUAAAUCUGCCUUCAACAAGAGAUGUGAGGAUAUCCAGCAGAGAAUAAACUGCGCAAUAUUGGCAGAUAUACCUAAAAAUGUACCGCACAAACUUCUACCAUCUAUCUUUAGAGUUGUGAAUGCUUUGCAAAAUAUAAACAAGCUUCAAAUGCCUUUGCUGGUUAAGGAACAAUACUAGUCAUUUGAAAAUCGAAAUAUUACUUGCCAUUAUAUUGACAUGUGCCUUAAGAGAUUUUAUAAACUCAUGGGAAAGACUGA